ACAUUCUGUGGCUACUGGUCCUGUCUGACGAUCCGACGACCGACGGAUCCCUUUGCCUGCCGACCCGGCGAACAAUGUUACACACUGAGCGACCGACCGGGACUGGGCGACGAUGCGUCUGCUCAUUGUUUCGUGUCUCCGUGCUUUCCAAGGGCCGUGUGCAUCAACAGCACUCUUCUACAGGCUGGCCUGUAUUCCGAGCCGGCAGUACCAUUUUCCGUGUCAUCGCCUCACCUCGUGACUUCCACUUCAGCCUCGUCUGCUACCCUCGGCCAGAACCUGUCCUCCGGAUCAGAAGGCGGCCGUUCUAGAGGUCGAGGCGCUGGGCAUCUGCUCGAUCUCCUCCCGCCUGGGAUGCGCCAUCUCGAGGCUCCGCUCGUGGUACCACCGGCGGGUCCUGGUUGCCGACCGAAUGCGGCCAGACUGACGAACAGUUGUGCUCUCCUUCGACUCCGGUUUGACCUGCUCCGCCUGCCGUACGGCGUCAAAGUAGGCGAUGUCUGUCAUGCGGUGCGACAUCUACCCAGUCUCCGGAGGCAACUACGACGAGCCGGAGGCGCGACCGGUGCUGGCGACAGCAGCGAUGCGACUGGAGCUUCCAUGGGCCACAAAGGAGCCUCCAAAGAGGUCAAGAUACCUACCCGGAGUCUAGGCAUGAGCUGUGAUGUGGAAGCCGAGACGCCGGAGAGGAACAUCAUUCAG